AUUACAAAGAGGCUAAAAAGGGACAGGGGCCAGAGGCGCGGCUUUGGCCAUGACGCGUGCGGCUGGAUGCGACGCGGACGAAUGUAGGGACCUAGCUUGCACACAUGUUUCGGCGUCUUUGAUGCCAAGCAGACAGCUGUUACUCUGAAAAUGUGAAGGAAAUUAUGAAAUACUGUAGAUGAAGAGAUGAUAGUGCAGAGGUAGGAAGAACCAGAAUCAGGAAAGCACAACGGGUCGCGUACGUUCCGCAUUCCGAGAUUGAGCGUUCCGACGCUUCCACGCCGUCGCAACAACUGUCAGACUAUCUUGGGUUCCCGCCAUCCCAAGGCGUCCAUUCACUCUCACCACACACACCAUCAAUCAACUAGCUGUAAACCCGCGCUUCUUAUGCGCACGUCGCACCACACUCCACGAUGACGUCCUCAGCGGCCGGAUCAACCGCCUUCUUCAUCCUCUCCCUACUGUCCAUAUGCGGCGCCGUUCUGCUCCUCCUACGCUACUAUCUCCCGCUUCGCACAACACCCGCAUACGUCGUCGUACCCGUCUUCUUGGCAAUAGCGCUGCCGGCCAGCAUCGUCGUGCUCCUGCCCAUCGACCUCGCGAGUAGUGCUGGACUCGACACAACGGAUGGCGCCAGAGGCAUAUGGCUGGACGACACGGUUGUGUACAAGGCAUGGCGCAUCAUAUACUGGCUCACGUUUGCGCUUACGUGGGCCAUCUUGCCUAUGCUAGGCGAGUACUGCGAUAGUGGGUAUAGAGAGCCCAAGGCAAGAUUGCAGUAUGCGCUUAGGAGCAAUGGCCGGUAUUGGCUCAUUGUGGCUGGGUGUAGUAUCGUAGGUUCGAUAUACUUGCUUCUGUGGAACGGCUUCCACGUGGAUACUUUCAAGAGCUUGGUCAUGGCGCUGGCGUAUACCUGGGGUCUGAUACUGGGCAUCUACCUUAUGGGUCAUGGACUCGUCGCCUUCCCCAGGAGUUUGUUUCGAUACGCUAGUGUUAGCGAGAGAUUGAAGAGGAUACAAAGUCAGGCGCCCAAGGUUCACGACAAGUUGACUGAGGCAUUGGAGAAACUGGAUCAGUAUGAAUACCAGGUUGUGCAGCUCAAGCAAAGGAAGAAUAGUACUGCGCGCGAGUUUCAAGAGUGGAUUGAUGAGUUGGCAGAGAAGGGUAAUCUUCCGGAGAACAGGGCUGGUGUUGUUGGGCGUAUGGGCACAGCGACAGUGCCUCCUGUCAUCACUGAGAGAUACCUGGCGGACCUGACGAGGAAGUUGAAGCGGGCGCGCCAUGCAAAAUGCCGAUUCGAGAACGAAUGGGACCGUGUUGUACAAAAAGCUGUCAGGACGCAGGCUAUCCUCGAUUCCAAAGCCAGCAAACAUCUUGAGUUCAAAGGCGUCGCGUUGCCAGCCUCAAGAGGAUUGUUCGAUCGCAUCACCAUUCUCACACCAUUCACGCGCUACCACCUGCACGUCCACGUCAUCCCCGCUCUGGCCUACGUCUCCUGGGCCAUCACAAUCCUCGCAUCCAUAUCCAUCGUCUGGUCAGAAUGCGUGCGCGAAGCCCAGGACUUUGGUGGACCGAAACUCUCUAUUAUCGGCUGGACUGUCGUACACCGCCACGACAAUGGCCGAUCGUCGGUCGGCUUCAACAGCCAGAUAAUCGCUGCUGCCUGGCUAUGCUACAUGUGCAUUUGCGCCUUCUAUAGUCUAACCGAGGUCAAGAUAUGGGGCAACAGGGCGCUCGUGCGAAGAAACACAUAUCAAGAAUCUGCGACCUGGUACGGUCUCCAAGUCGCCAAGUUGACCGUCCCUUUGAGCUACAAUUUCCUUACCAUGACGGACAAGAACAUCUGGAAGGGUACCAUGUUCUACAAGUUCCUUGGCCGCCUUAUCGUUCUCACACCACUCGGUGAAGGCUUCAGCGCAUUCUUCCCCAUCUUCAUCCUCGUACCCGUCUUCGCUACGGCUUUCGGACUCUACGGCAAGGUGAAGAACAUCUGUGGCUUCGGAGAUCUACUCGACGAUGAAGAGGACGCAUCAGGAAACUACGCUGGCACCGGCUCAUGGCGCGAAGGUCGCGCAUUGAUCGAACGCGAAAUUCAAGGUGCAAGUGGAAACGUCCUAGGCCUUUCCCAACGAACCAAUACUAGCCCGCCAAACGAACGAUACACAGACACACCAGCACCGUCGUCGUCAUCUAGCCUCCCUACCGCGACCGCAGCAGCGGCAAACGGCGGCCCAAGCACCACACGCCUCUCAACAACCCAUCCCGACCGCCGACGCCCUGCACUCGAAGACGAAGAAGACGAAGGUAACUUCUUCGAAAACUUCGCUUCAAGAGUCAAAAACACUUUCGACACCAACGACUUCUCCUUCCCCCGACCGAAGUGGCUGGGUGGCGAUGAGGAAGAAGCCGAAGCUGGACGUAGUAGUAGAAGACCGUUUGAUCGAGGUGACGGGGAUCGUGGAAGUGGGUUUUUGAGUCUGUUUGGUGGGAGGGGGGAUGAGGGGAGGGUAAGGCUGUAAGAUUUCAUGUCGUUACUCAAAUGGGCAUUGCGAUGGUGUUUUGGAAUAGACAUUAGGGAUUUGGAUGAGUAUGUAGAACUAUUGAGUAUACUGGUUAUGAUGGGUGCGCGGCUGCGCUUUAGAUAUAUUUAAUAAGGACCUUUUAUCUCUUA